UCAGCAGCUGUGUCGAUGCGACUGCCUGUAUUCUACCAUGAUCAUUCCUCCAAAGUCAACAUUUUCGCUACGGCACUUUAAAAUCUAUCUUCAAACAAUGUCAUCGAUCCUACCAGUUAUCGAUUUAUCGUUUAUGCUGUUGCAAAAAAAAUUGGCGGCAGCAGCGCAUUUGUUCAGUCGAAGUCGUCGGUAAACAAACAAACGGGAUCGUUGUAAAUAAAUCAAUUGAUAACCCAAUAAAGUAUUGAAUAAAAAUGCCCGAUGAUAGUGAAGAAAUAUUAAAAACAAGAAAAUUCCUUAAGGAAAGAUUACAAACGGACUACAGUACUUUUCGUGGUCAUGAAAAUGAACGUGAUAAUAUCCGGCAAUUGUUGCAAAGGACAGCAGAAAUGGGUGAAUCGAAUUCUAUGCUGUUGAUUGGACCGCGAGGAUCGGGGAAGACAACACUCGUUAAUGCUGUACUGACGGACCUAAUGAAAAACAAGGAUUUUAUACAAAACACCUUAAUUGUCCAUCUCAAUGGUAAUCUACAUACAGAUGAUCGCCUGGCACUCAAGUCGGUUACCGUACAAAUGCAGUUGGAAAAUGCCACUGAUGGCAAAGUAUUCGGUUCGUUUUCCGAAAAUUUGGCAUUUUUACUUGCCUGCUUGAAGGCGGGCAAUAAACGUUCUAAAAGUGUGGUAUUCAUAUUGGACGAAUUCGACUUAUUCUGUGCACAUCACAAUCAAACUCUGCUAUAUAAUCUCUUUGACGUAUCACAAAGUGCCCAGGCACCGAUUUGUGUCUUGGGUGUUACCUGUCGUUUAGAUGUUAUUGAGCUAUUGGAGAAGCGUGUAAAAUCACGAUUUUCACAUCGUCAGGUAUUUAUAUUUCCAAAUGCAGAAGACUUUGAUGAAUAUGUUAAGCUGUUUGCUGAACUUUUAACCAUACCCAGUGAAAAACAAUUAAAAGAACUAGCCGACAGAGUUGGCACACUCAAACAUUUACAGUCCAGUGAAUUGACAUUUCAUCGCAGCCAUUUUCAGCCGUCCAAAUAUAAGUUUAGCAAGAAAUAUAUGGAAGCAUGGAAUAAACAUAUUGCAGAGUUAAUUAAAACACCCUCAGUUGUUAAGUCUCUACAGGCUCUAUUUGAUUUUGAUGUUAGUCAAGCUUUCCUUAAGAUUUUUAUUUUUCGAUUGGUUUGCCAAAUGCAAACCUCUCUUUCGAUUGCGGAACAAAUUACCGCCGAACAAAUAACCCAGUUAACUGCCAUCUAUGAAAUGGAUGAAAAAGUUGAGCUCUUGUGCGGUCUAUCCGUAUUGGAAUUGUGUCUAAUCAUUGCCAUUAAACAUCAUUCGGAAAUUUAUGAUCGUGAUCCAUUCAAUUUUGAAAUUAUAUUUUCACGAUUUCAUAAGUUUGCCAAAGUUUCAUCGACAAUGCAGGGCAUUGAAAGGCCCGUGGCUUUGAAAGCUUUCGAACACUUGCGAAAUAUGGAAAUUAUAUUGCCUCUAACAGCGACAACAUGUAAAGUGCAAAAGGAAUUUGAAAUGCAUAAAAUGGUUCUAACAUAUGGUCAAAUUAAUCAGGCCGUACAACGAUAUCAAGCCCUGCCCACAGAAGUACAACAAUGGUCACAAAGUUCUUUAAUUUAAGGCACCGUUUAUAAUUUCUUAUAUCAUUAAAUGUCUAAGUUAUUUAUUUUUGAGAAAAGAAAACGAAAGAAAAUAAAAUUUGAUUACAAAAAAAAAAAAAAUAAA